GCAAUAAGAGGCGCUUGAGCAAAGCCAACGGAGGACAAAUCAGCCAUGAAAUGACAUUGCAAUUUCUCGACUUAUUAGAUUCUCUCGAGCGUUUAACGCGUCUGCAAUGCCAUACAUCUGCACAAUAAGUGCUUCAUUUUCCGUUUUAUUUGCCCAUGAUUGGAACUGAUGAGUGUCUUUUACUUCCUACUCGUUCACCAACCGACACUAAACCAUCGCUUUUAAACUAUCAAAACCGAUAAACUUAAAAUUUCAUUAAUUGCUUAUUGUCCGAUAUUUAACAGGCGAUGUUUUUGUUUUCCAGACUACUUCACUAAAGAAAGUAAAGUAUAAAACGAAGGUAUGAAACCGAAGAUGAAGAAUCACUUCCGUGCUCAUCAGUUAAGUGUCUGGCUUCGCCUUAUCCCAGAAUUGCACAGGGCUGGAAUGGAGGACGUCGUAGCCAGACAUAAUUUAUUCAAGAACCACAACAAUCCUGAAAUAUAUGAGGGUUUGGUCCGUCCCGACCCUCUUUCUCGAGCGGGUUACACUGACCCCAUAACGGAAUUGUUUCGAAAGAAAGCCAACGUCAGUUUGCAAACCAUCGAAAUUCCCACAACAAUCGAUCCAAUGAUGAUGACGACAUGUGUCAGUGUAGUGUCUUCGGGAACGUUCAAUCAUCAAUCUUAUCAAAACACUUCAGCCGACACGUUAGCCAGUUUAGAAGCUGCUGGUUACGCUGCUUACAGCACCGCCUUAAGUGUCACCAUUGCUAUCGGGUGUUCCCUGCUCAUAUUAAACGUUCUCAUCUUUGCCGGUGUCUAUUAUCAGCGGGACAAAACGAGAUUAGAAGUCAAAUCACUUCAGCAACAGCAGCAACGUAAUCAAGCAAACUUUGAAGCCAUAUCGAAACAUGGUCAUUACCACAUAGGACAUUCCCAAACAGCCAACGUGAUAGUGGACGUUGAACAAGACACAUCAGCAAUGAUGCUCGCACAGCAGACUGAGGUCAGUACGUUAUCGAAAGGUCAACAGCAUCUUUGUACGGGAAACAUGCCAAUGCCCAAUUCCAUUAAAGGUUCAUCAGCAAAUCCCAGUAUUGGUAAUCAGGGAAAUUGUAUGACCCUUCCAAAAAAUGCAAGUACGUGUAACCAAAGUUAUGGGCAACCUUAUCUCACUUUACCAAAGAACGCAUCCAUGCUAAAUAAGGCAGCCAACAUUAUAGCAGAGAUGCAGCAACAAGGGUAUGUGCAGCAUCCAAACGGUAGUGCUACAAUUCCACUCAACGUUCCAAAACCUCCACCCCCACCCAAAUCAAAGAGUCCACCGGAACAUCAACCCCUUCUCUCGGCACACAACAACAAAUCGAACAUUAACCGGGUUCCUCAGGCGGCCAUGAACGAAAUGAGGGUGUGAUAAUGCGAAGGAACAUUGUUGAACUGUCUUUAUGCUCAAAACGUCCCAACGGCAUCUAUAAAUUCCGUUAAAAAAAUUGAAAGACUUCUUAAACCAAUUUGUACAUAGACCAAUGUCAAAUAUAGGUCAUUCUCAAUUUUGUGUGCUUAAGAUAAUACUUUAUCAACCAAAUCAAACUUUUAGAGCUUUAUUAACGUUGUUGUGUU